CUUUGUGUCUGAAUUAGUGUCCUCAUUUUGUGGUUAGGCUUUUGUAGUUUGAUAUGAAAUUGACAAUCGCACUUCAUGUUCACUGUUCCUUCUUAUUACUGAGAAAUCAAUGACUAGUUAUUUUAUGAUGAUUCUUACAGUAAGGGGUAAAUAAAGAAAAAAAAAGCAGGAGAUUUUUCCUGUUUCUUGAGGUCAUUGAGUAAAGUGCAGCAGCAUAUUUCCCAUUUCUGUAUUCUUUCAUUGUCUGUUCACAGUGUUUGGUUGUUGGAUGAAUGACAAAAGUGAUGGGUUUCUUACAUAGGAUUUACAGGGGAACUCAACUUCUUGCUGUAUGUUUGGCAAUUUUUGUCUUUAUUAAUGGCAGCAUGUGGCAAGUUGUAAUUCAUUGAAUCCAAUUACGACAAAUAGUUGAGGCCGGAGUGACAAGGAACCGAUGAAGAAUGGGGUUCUGGCAGUGCAAACUAUUCGCAACAAUAUCAUGGCAUCUACUCUUCUAUCUACAACAGCCAUCACACUCAGUUCACUUAUUGGCAUUUUUGCUAGCAGUACCUGGAAUAAUGACGAGCCUUUAAUACCUUACGGUAAUAGUUCAGUCAAACAUAUUUCUGUCACCAUUUGCUUCCUCAUUGCAUUCUUAUGCAAUGUGCAGUCCAUAAGAUACUACUGCCAUGUCAGUUUCUUGAUCACUGCACCAACACUCAGAGACAAAAGGGAGUAUAUGGAAUAUAUUGCUGUGACUUUGAAUCGUGGGAGUCAUGCUUGGUCUAUUGGACUUCGAGCAUUUUACCUGUCAUUUGCAUUCUUCCUCUGGAUUUAUGGGCCAAUACCUAUGUUUGCAUGCUGCUGCUUGACGUCACUUGUUUUGUUCUUCUUGGAUACAACAGCUAAAAUCACGCGGAAUCUUCAUAGUAACUCAUUCAGGAAAGAUAGGGGAACCCAUGAUGUAGAGUCUGUUGUGGAACCUGAUUAUCAUCCUUUGCCUGCUAACAAUUUGUAUCAAAACUCAGACGUCAAUCAUGUAUGAGAAAUUAUAAAUGUAACAAAUUUGUACUUUCCAAUUGAGAAGUAUGAACAUGUUCCAGGGGUGUUAUUGAAGGAUUCAAUGAGAGUACUAGGUAGUCAUUUUUGUUUACUGGUAUGUUAGUUACAUUUCACUUCAUUGGGAUGAACUUGCUUACAAUCGUCCCAAUCAUUUUUGCUGUACCAUUCAAUCUCUCACUCUUCUACAACAAAUUAUAUCAUGACAAAGUAUCAACAGUUUGAUUAGUCAUCAUUCAUAAAGGGGCUUGCACUGCAUGUUUGGAUAGCUAGACUAAUGGAAUUCUGUCAAGUUGUCGCCACAUCGACCAUAUGACAGCAAAGAUAGAAGCAGCCAUAUAUUCUUGAGUUUCCUCGGUUACCAAAUCGUAUUCUGUAAAAGAUCGAUGGAAGAUCAGAUUGAAAACCAGAGCUAAUAGAAAGAAGACCAAACAAGAAGUAAGACAACAAUUGAAGAAUAGAUGUUGAUGUCUUUUUUUUAGAAGACAAACAACAAGAUCAGUCCAUCUGUUCCUGUGUUGGAAGCUUAUCUAAGAUGACCUACACAGGCAGCUGUUAAUUACUUAAUUGUAAUUUGUAAUAUUAUAUUAUGAUGAUUCAUGCA